AUGGGAGACCUGAAGUCGGGUUUUGAAGAGGUGGAUGGCGUGAGGCUCGGCUACCUCAUCAUUAAAGGAAAGCAAAUGUUUGCACUCUCCCAGGUUUUUACAGACCUGCUCAAAAACAUCCCGCGAACUACCGUGCACAAGCGAAUGGAUCAUUUAAAAGUAAAAAAGCAUCACUGCGACCUGGAGGAGUUGAGGAAACUCAAAGCCAUCAACUCCAUCGCUUUCCACGCCGCCAAAUGCACCCUGAUCUCCAGAGAGGACGUGGAAGCCUUGUACACAUCCUGCAAAACCGAACGGGUACUUAAGACGAAACGGAGGAAACUAAGCCGGGCGCUGUCUGCCGCCGACCUCCGGCCGGAGCUCGCUCCCGCCGACCCCUUCUCCGGCUUCUGGAAGGAGAACAAACUUUGGCUGGGUCUGAGCGACUCUCCCCGGCCGCUGCUGCCCGUCCGGAGGAAAGCUCUGCGCCCGGGGGACGCAGCCUUGCUACCGGCCGCUCAUCUACCUCACAUUUUUAGUAAAUACACUGGCCACAGCUACCCAGAAAUCGCUCGGGCGCCUUGCAAACCCCCCGUAAACUAUGAAACGGCGCCGGCAGCGGGCGGCUGCGCGCCCCUGCGGCCCCGCCGCCCUCCCGCCGCCGCGGCGCGGCCCCGGCUCCCGGCCGCCGGCCCCCCGCCCCUGCCCGGCCGCUGCCGCCGCCGCCGCCACGGGGCGGCCGCUGUCGCCGGCACGCUGGGCCCCCCCGGCGGCGCCCGCCGGCCCCUGGCCCUGCCCCGGCCCUGCCGGCUCCGCGGCGCCCCGCGGCUGCCGCUGUCGCUGCCCCGCGGCUUCGGGCCGCCCGCCUUCGCCGAGAGCGCCAGCAGCGACUCGGAGUCCAGCUGCUGCUCGGGCCGCGCCGCCCACGACUCGGACUGCGGCUCCAGCCUCUCCAGCUCCAGCGAGGGCAGCUCGGAGGAGGAGGACGAGGAGGAGGAGGACGAGGAGGGCAGCGGCGCCUCGGACUCCAGCGAGGGCAGCUCAGAGGAGGAGGAGGAGGAGGAGGAAGAGGAGGAGGAAGAGGAGGAGGAGGAGGACAGCACCUCGGACUCCGACUCCAGCUCGGUCUCCAGCCAGGUUUCGGUGCAAAGCAUCCGCUUCAGGCGCACCAGCUUCUGCAGCCCGCCCGGCGUGGUCCACGCCAACUUCUUGUACCAUCUGGCGGCCGCCGCCGCCCCCCGGCCCCCGGCCCCGGCCCCGGCGGAGCCCGGCGGGCUGCCCGUCCUCCGCGGCGCUCCCGGCGGAGUCAAGCCGGAGCUGCCGGAGGAGUGGGGCCGCCCCGGCUGGGCUCCCGCCGCCCCGGCGCUGCGCUGCUCCGGCGGCCUAGGGAGCUGCUUCGCGGAGAUAAGAGAUGAUAGGGUAUCCGAGAUCACAUUCCCACACUCUGAAUUUUCCAAUAAUACCAAGAGUACUGACCUAACAAUUAACUGUGUUGCAAAGGGGGCCUCUUCACCUAGCCCAAAGACAAACAAUGCAUUUCCACAACAAAGAAUACUCAGAGAGGCAAGGAAAUGCCUUCAAGCAACUACUACACACCGUGUAGAUAACAAUACAAUAGCUGCUAGGUUCUUAAAUAAUGAUUCUUCAUCAACGGCAGCAAAUUCAGAGAAAGAUUCCAAAAUCCCUCAUUGUAUUGAAUUUGCCACGGAUUUGCCCUCUUUACAAACUGAUCCUGCGGAGGAUGCUGCUUCUCCAGGGGCAGCAGCAGCAGCUGAGCUCCAGUGCACUGAUACAGGCAAUAAGGCAUUGCCAUUCCUGCACAGCAUUAAAAUCAAAAUAGAGGACAGCAGUGCGAACGACGAGUAUGAGCCCGAUCUUACAACACAUAAGCUAAAGUGUGAGUGCAAUGAUACUAAGGAUGAGUUUUACGGUGUGACUGAGAGUAAUAACCAGGACGCUUUAUUAACAGCCAAGGAAGAUUCUGCAUGCACUGAGAAAGAAACCACUUCCUUAAACCCGCUGACUCAGAGUCAGGUCCUCUCAUGCACUUUAGGUACUCCAAAACCUGAGGAUGGGGAGUAUAAAUUUGGAGCAAGGGUGAGAAAAAAUUACAGGACACUGGUUUUGGGAAAGCGACCUGUACUGCAGACUCCUCCAGUCAAACCAAAUUUGAAAUCAGCUCGAAGCCCACGUCCUACAGGUAAAAUCGAGACACAUGAAGGAACACUGGAUGAUUUUACAGUUAACAAUAGACGCAAAAGGGUAGCCAGCAAUGUAGCAUCAGCAGUGAAAAGGCCAUUUAAUUUCAUGGCAAAUUUUCCCUGUCCACCAUCACUAAUUAUUGGCAAUGAUGGGGAUUUGUUGCCAGCUUAUUCCUUAAACACCACUAAGGAUUCCCAACCACCUCACAAGGCCCAUCCUGUAUGGAAAUGGCAGCUGGGCGGUUCUGCAAUACCUCUUCCACCUAGCCACAAAUUCAGGAAAUUUAAUUAAUAAAAUAGUUUGGAAAA